GGGGCGUGGCCUCGCGCAGCCCCGCCCCCCUCGCCGGCGCCGGGGCAGGCUGGCGGCUGGCAGCGGUGGCGCCGACAUGGCUGCGCUGGUGGAGCCGCUGGGGCUGGAGCGGGACGUGUCCCGGGCAGUGGAGCUCCUCGAGCGGCUCCAGCGUAGCGGAGAGCUGCCCCCGCAGAAGCUGCAGGCCCUCCAGAGAGUCCUGCAGAGCCGCUUCUGCUCCGCUAUCCGAGAGGUAUAUGAGCAGCUCUAUGACACGCUGGACCUCACCGGCAGCGCCGAGAUCAGGGCCCAUGCCACAGCCAAGGCCACAGUGGCUGCCUUCACAGCCAGCGAGGGCCACGCACAUCCCCGGGUAGUGGAGCUGCCCAAGACGGAUGAGGGCCUGGGCUUCAACAUCAUGGGUGGCAAAGAGCAGAACUCGCCCAUCUACAUCUCCCGGGUCAUCCCGGGGGGCGUGGCUGACCGCCAUGGAGGCCUCAAGCGUGGGGACCAACUGUUGUCCGUCAAUGGUGUGAGUGUUGAGGGUGAGCAGCACGAGAAGGCAGUGGAGCUGCUGAAGGCGGCCCAGGGCUCGGUGAAGCUGGUGGUGCGUUACACACCUCGAGUGCUGGAAGAAAUGGAGGCCCGGUUUGAGAAGAUGCGCUCUGCCCGCCGGCGCCAGCAGCAUCAGAGCUACUCGUCCUUGGAAUCUCGAGGCUGAAACCACAGAUCUGGACGCUCACGAGCACCCUGUCCCUGUACAGUAUUUAUUGUCCCUGGCACCUUAUUUAAAGAUCUUUGACCCUCA